AUGGUAAGUCUAAUAGUCAAUAGGAAAAUAUUUAUUUCAAUUGUAAUUUUAGUCAAUAUUGUUUCAAAUUUGAAUGAUACAACUCAAUUAGAAAAUUUUACAAUUGAAUGGCAAAAUUUUGAUUUAUUAAAAUGUGCUGUACCAACAACAAUUAAUGUGUCUCUCUUUAAUUGUUUACCAUCACCUAAUUAUACACAAGUAGAUGAUAUAUCAUGUCUUGAAGAAUCAAUAAUGAACUUCCAAGAAAGUAUGUGUCAAUCUACAUCGACGACAAUGAGUUUUAUAAAUUGGGAAGGAACUACAACACAAUCAUCAUCAUUAGCAAGUUCUACUAUUCAAAUGACAAAUAGUAUUACAACUGAUUCAUUGCUAAUUAAAUCCAGUAGUGUAUCUCAGAUGUCAUCAAUGAUAACAAACGAUAUAAAUCACAUAAAAUCUAAUAUUACUAGUCAAACAUCAUCACCAACGGUGGUAAGUAGCACGAUUCGAGCAACUACUAUUGAUAGAAUUCAAACGUCGGUAACAACUGCUCAUAGUGGUACUUAUCAUACAUCAAUAGCAACAACAAUAAAUCUCUCUACUACAAUACCAGGAACAACAAUGAGUCUAUCUACUGUAAAGCCAACAAUAACAAUCGAAUCUACUAGCACAAUAACUGAAACAUCAAAACAAACUACUAAAGAAAAUUCAUACGACUGUCCCGAAGAUACAAUAGGUUCUUCUUGUAAUAUUUCAUCCGAUGCAUGUUCCAUGUUACAGCCAUGUUUGAAUGCAGCAACAUGUUUUCCAAAUAAUACAUUAUCAUUAAAAUAUCAUUGUCAAUGUCAGUCAGGUUAUACAGGUCGUGAUUGUGAAAAUGAUCAAAGAAUAUGUAGAGAGAAUACAUGUUUGAAUGAUGGAGUUUGUAUUGAAUUAAACAUUAUUAAGAUAACUAGCAACAAUAAUCAAACAAAUUUCUUAUGUGAAUGUAAAAAAGGUUAUUUAGGUAUUCAUUGUGAACUUAAAGUUGAUUUUUGUGAUAAUAUAACAUGUCAAAACAAUGGUAUAUGUCGUACAAUUGAUAUGAUUCCAAAAUGUAUAUGUUUGGAUUUAACACUUUUUUAUGGUAAAUAUUGUGAAUUUCAAACAACAUCAUUAAAAACUCGAAAAAUUGUAAAUAAAUCAUUUGCAAGUGUUGCAAUAACAGCUAUUAUUGUAACAUGUUCAUUUGUCAUAUUGAUGGAUGUUCUUAAAUAUAUAUUUCAUAUUGAUCCAGUUAAAUCUGAACGUAAAAAAUAUGUAAAAUCAAAACAAAAAAAUCGAAGAAAGCAAACAUUAAAAUCUAAUGUUACAAAACCUGCAAUUAGAUUUCUCUAUGUCGCAUAG